GAAUUCCGACUGUGAAAAGGGACAAACAAAGUUAUUUAAUGACGACUCUCCAAAAUUUGAUGGAAGCCAUGAGUAAAUCAGAAGCUGAUGACUCCAUAGUUAUUGUUUUUGUGGCAGAAACCGAUUUGGAUUAUGUGCUUUUAGUUGCUAAACAAAUAGAGUUGAGGUUUCCUAAACAGGUUUCCUCUGGUUUACUAGAAGUCCUAGCACCACAUCCCUCCUAUUAUCCAAAUUUGGACAAAUUAAGGAUAACCCUAGAUGAUCCUAUCGAACGAGUCAGAUGGAGAACGAAGCAAAAUUUGGAUUUUGCCUAUUUAAUGACCUAUGCUCAAACUAAGGCCACGUUUUAUGUACAAUUAGAAGACGAUAUCUUGGCUAAGAAAAAUUUUAUUUCUUCCAUGAAGAAUUAUGCCAUCGAAAAAACCGCGAGGAAGGAACCGUGGUUCGCGUUGGAUUUCUGCCAACUGGGAUUUAUUGGUAAAAUGUUUAAAUCAGCCGAAUUACCAUGGUUAAUCACAUUUUUCCAAAUGUUCUAUAAUGAUAAACCUGUGGACUGGUUACUGGAUCAUCUUAUUUCCACAAAAAUAUGUAAUUGGGAAAAAGAUAGUAAACAUUGUAAGAAAGAAAAGGCCAAAGUGUGGAUACAUUACAAACCCAGUUUGUUCCAACACAUUGGAAUGCAUUCGUCUCUCAAAGGAAAAGUUCAAAAGUUGAAAGAUAAACAAUUUGGAAAAGUACCUCUGUACAUUCCUCACAAAAAUCCUCCAGCUGAUGUCCAGACAGGAAUAGCAGCCUACAAGCAGAACACUUUGGCAAAAGCUUAUGCAGGAGAGGGAUACUUCUGGGGUCUUUUGCCAGAACCAGGAGAUAGUCUUCUAUUUAAAUUUAAACAACCAAUUGCAGUAAAGAGUUAUCUUUUCCGAAGUGGCAACGCAGAACAUCCAUCAGACAGAUUCUACAAUACUACUGUAGAGGUUUUACCAGCAUCUCCAAAAGUAAUUUAUGAUGUCGGAUCUCGCUACAAUUCCACAAAUGAUGGUUUUAUAAUUGUAAGUAAGUUUGAUUCUACUGGUCUAGCUUAUGGUACUCUGGACGACCCUAUUUGGAAAAUUGCUGCUAUCAGACUUAAGGUACAUGCUGAUUCUGAAAACUGGGCGAUACUAAGCGAGAUCCAUAUAGUAAGUGAUGAAAACAGGUGACCUUUUAUCAAAAUCGAUAAAAACGAAAACAAAACUCGUCCGAGAGUCCUAGACAACCCAUCUGACAUAUCAAAUUUUGGUGCACUUGCAAAAACUUUAAAAUCCAAAGGAAUCAACGACUUCGAGACAACUAUCUCCAAUGCCAUAAGAAAAUUGAGAACUUCAUCCCAAGGAUUUUAUAAAACAGGUUUUAUAGAUUUUAAUGAAACAGAAUCCAAAAAAGGUGGUAAGAAUUUUAGUAGUAUAGUUAAUAAAACUGGAAAUGAUGAUAAUUUUAAUAGACGACUAGUGAAUUCAUCUCCAAAUAGAGUUAGUACCGAAUUUAAUAUUGCCAGUAGAAAUUUGAGCAACAAUGCUUCGAAUUCAAAAGAUUUUAUAGACAAUGCUAUAGAUAAUAUAGAUAUUAACGAUUAUAUACAAAUUACACCUAAACCAAGUAAAUCAUCUAUUAUCUCGCAAUAUUACGAAUUGGCAAGAUUUAGAGUCCCCAAAAAUCAAAAUUUGUCUGAAACCAUGAUAGCUUGAGAGUAUUGAUCUGUGAUAAAUUUUGUAAAUUUUGAAAGAGUAUAAAUAUAAUUAUGUAUUAUAAAUAAAUUGUGCAAUGAUGUAGAUGUGUGUAUGUUUAACUGUUUUGGUGUGUUUGUCGUUUAUUAAAUCAUACACAUGGUAAUUGUAUAUUUAAAAUAAAUAUUUUUGUGCACAAUUUAUAAGUAAAUGUGAUGUCGAAAGAAG